AUGCCCUCUCUGCGAGAUUUGGCAUUAAAGAGAAAUGAAAGAUUAGAUCAGUUACGAAUCCGCUUCAAUCAAUCGAGCGUAACAGACAAAGGGGGGUCUAGUAAUUUAAGUGAAUCAGUAAACGAUUCAGCAACAGUUCGGUUAUCUGAUUCAUGCAACACUCUUGAACAAGAAACUAUUGAUGGGGAACAUAAUAAGGUCCAGCAGCAAUCUUCCGAUCUGAAGAAAAAUAAACAACAGCCAAACACUGACAGGAUCUGCGAAACUAGCGAUCUCAAAGCCAAACUAGCGCCUGCUAUAGAAGUGUUGGAAAAAAAAACAAAUGAAAAGAUUAAGGGCAUAGUAAAUAGAAGAAUAUUACAGGAGGCAUCUUAUGAAAGUGAUAGCAGUCAUUGA